GCCCCAAAAGAGACUGUUUCAAAACUUGUCAAAAGUAUUACUACAAUCACCAUGCGCCCACUCCGCUACCUGCUACUCUCUCUUGCGCUACUCCUCGCCGUGUCCCCCGAGCAUAUCGCUGCCAAACCGCUCGAGGCAAGAAGCUCCCCGGACACCAAGGUCGCCACAAUACUCCCUUCCCUCAUCAUCCCAAUUGCAUCUUGCAACCCUCAAAAAGUCUUUCCUACCCAAGAGCAUGGCGGAGUCUGGCUCAAACCCAGCCUGGAGGGGCCCAGGAGCCGACCCCAAUGUGUCGGCAACGGCUUGAUUUGCAAGAUGAACGAGACCGCGUUAUAUAGUGAGUUCACAACGCCCCACCUAAUUUAGCCGUUAUUAAGAGUAUGUGUGAAGUCCGUUUCCAGGUUCCAUUCAACAGCGCAAGAUAUUGCGAGCUCGAAUUCAACCUCCCUCAUUCCGGUGAUCGGAAGCAGUGGAGGGUUAGGGGAACCGGAAUUCUAAAUGUGUAUAGCCUCGAAGAGCCGCUCAAUCCUUACGGAGUUAAUUGGGGUGUUCGGCCAAAGCGAGCGCCGAACACCCACCCUGGAAGACUAGGGAGUCCCUUGUAUCUAAUUGAGGUAUACAGCUCUCGAAGACCUUUGCUUCCAACCCUAGGCUUUUCUAACAGCUAUUCCGUCCAAGCAUUCCAUUCCCGAGAAAACCACGACGUGUACGGGGCCCCGACUAGAAUGCAGAAUGGGAACCUUCAUGGACUUUGAGCUGUCAGCUCAUCGCCCCGGGUACACCUUUUUCGGUUGGCAGCGUAAGUAUUGAUACAUAUCCUACGUCUUGAUAUUGCUUACACGUCUCAGAAUUGGCGGAGCCCCCAACGGGUAUUAGCCUUAGUAUGUGGAGCUAGGUCCGUCAGUCAGAGAUUGGGUUUGGCAGAAACAUAGAAGCAUUAGAUAUGAAGCCCGAAGUGUCUUGUCCAAUAUCUUCGGACUACUUCUUGUGACUUGCAGGCCGACUUCGGCCAAAUCGCGGAGCUCCAGCAGCUAGAGGAUAUUGUAUUAGUUGAUAGCCUCCUGUGAAUACAACAUGGUUCCUUAGAAUUACUAUUAGUUGAAUUCUUCACUUCGUAUCUUGUGUUCCGUCGCCCCCUGUACCGUUGGGGGAGCUGUUUCUCGAGUUAGGACAACCGCGGGGGCGAGACCAAGACCAAACACGUCCCAACCACAUGGCCGACACAUUCCAGGAGAUAGCAACUACCGUCGUACGGAAAAUCGAAACCCUGACUACCAUUGCUAUUUUGUCACUACCUUACUCUUUUUCAUCCAAACACAGAACCACCACCCCACAGCAUCGCCACCUCUCCCAGAGGCCCACCAUAUACUUGUGAGUCUCAGCUAAGAAAAUAUAUUAUUCAUCCUUCAACACAAUACCGGAAGGAUUAUCAUUACCAAAAAACUCCUCGCACCCGACCCUACCUGAUCCACUAGGGAUCAGUGGAUAUCUCAUCACCCCCCCCCGGUUCUUGUUGUGUAGAUAGGAUCUCUAUAUAGGAGGCCAAAUCCAACCCACCGGAGUGCUAGCAGCUGGACAUUUUUCCCCCAUUGAUCGGAACAGGUUUGUACUCCCGCUUCGAGGCCGAAGGGCUGCUGAAGGGCCCCGGCCCUCGUUCAAAUCUCAGAUAGCAUAAUUCUGGGGUGCCGGGUAUUUUACUAUCCGCAUGACCCUUCGUCAGGUUAGGUUAGGUUUGAUCACGGGUGAUAACGUAAGAUAUCUCUUAGGCUAGAUGCGGUAUGUAAGACACGACUGCUCACAUAGGGCACCCAAUACUAAUUCACCCUCGGGGAGUUCUCGAUUCGGUGAAACAAACUUCCGAACCUUUGUUUGUUAAUUGUCUAAGCGGCAUAUGUAUUCAUGAACGUCAGCUAACCCACACCAAAGCAAGGCAAUAGUAAAGCGAGAAGUUGAUCAGAAACCUUAUAGGGCGGAAUCAUUUAUACAGGUAUUCCCUUCACAAUGCAGACAAAGAGUGAGUCAUCACAAAACACUAGCCUACCCGUCCCCCUCAAUAAUCACACCCGCGAGGCUUGACACAUAUUUAGAGAUCCAAUGUCGCCACUUUGCACGGUUUCGUGAAACAGAGGUGUCAAAAUCCAUGAGUACGAGGGUACAAUUGCAGGUUUUUGCUUACCAGUCCAUUCGUGGGUGCUCCUUUGCUAUGCAGCUCAGCUCACGACCAUAAAAUCCUCAUUGGUCCCUGGGGAAUCGCUUUAAUCAACCCGGAUGAGAUAGUUAUUGGAAUUGAGCACAGAAGGAGUCCUUUCGUCAACCAAGCAAUGACUUUCUAUCAAACUUCAUUAUAUAUAAAAAACGCCCGAACAUCCACCCAACGGGCGGUGGACAAGAUGCAAAACGUUAAGGUGGGCGAAAGAAAGGUAGUCUGAUGUGGCUAGUUGCGGAUGUUGUGGGAGUAAAAAACGCACGCCGUACGAAUCAGCUCACCCUUCCUCUAUGCAAUAGGAAAUCGGACCCCCAGAAAAAAAAAACCCCCCCACCGCGACUACAGGUAAACCGUUUACAACGAAUCCCAAUACGCAGCUAAGCAAGAAAAUUAUAUUCAGUGUGAUCAAAAUACUGCAGCAUUCCCCAAGAUAACCUGACUCAAUCCCUGCCUAACGACUUUAGUAACUUGUGAUGCUCUAACUCUCACUCUAGUAUGUUGCUGCGAUGACACAUCAGAAUCAAACAGUAUCCCGUCCCGGCAAUCAUCCCCAGCUUCUCCAAAGAAAAGAAAAAGUUCAGAAAUCUGUCCACUAAGUUUAGAAGUGUACGAUAUGGCAACCUCCUCAGAUCUCCCAAUAUCAGCCCCCCUCGACCAAAUCCCACAAAUCCACCGCUCAAUUGAUAAAACCUUAGUUGAGCGUCAGUUUUCGGGCCUGAGCCUCCAGCGGAAGGAUCUACUCCACUUGCUGGCUCAGGAGGUGCCUUUCCACCUUCUUUCUGUCCAAUAUUUUUCACAAAUAACCUACCCUUGAGGGUGCAAACACUUUUGGCCCGCCCCUUGACCCGGAGGAGAAAACACAUCAUUCCCCCCUGUUCCGGGGAGGGCACAGCCCGAUCCACCGCCUCAAGCGCCAGAGUAUAAACCGGCGGUAGCAGUAUUUCCAAAUGUUUCAAUUCUUUGCCCAAUCUAGAGUUUAGUAUUUCCAGCCCCCUCACAGAUGCCAGAAUAAAAUCUUCCACCCAGCCCACCGUGUAUUUCCCUGUAGCUAUGCCUCCAAAAGCACGGGACAUCCUUACACAAUGAGUUUCUACAGCAUCGAUGUAUGCCUUUAGUCUUCCUAUAGGGAUCCUCCGAGCUGGUGCGAAUCUGUAGUAUUUCCCUAUCGCCUCGUGGCAAUGGAGGUGCGCGCCCUGGAGGAAUUCCUGGAGGGUCAGAGGUGGCUCUCCGGAUAGUGAAUAUGCAUACAUUCUAUUUAUCCUAGUAGAAAAGGGGCUUAUUGUUAGGGAUGGGAGAACACUAGGGGAUAUGAUUGGAUGGUAUCAAAUAGUUUGUUGUGUCAUAGCAGCUUCUAAUGCUGUUUGGUUGCAAGCUUGGAAAGAUGAAUUGAUACAGUGGCAAUCCAAUCUUCCGGUGAGAGUAAGGGCGGCUGGCUAGCUUGACAAAAUUCAAAUUUAUAUGUUCUUCGAAGGGGAAAUGCCAAGUGAACAAGUUAAGGUCACAAUGAGCUAUCCAUAGAAUGUUCGCAAUAGAAAACGCUCAGAUCGUCAUCAA